AUGGAGGCAAUAUUAUUCAGCAACGUAGGGUUACUACCCAUGGCCACCUCCAGAAGACCUCAACCACCUAAUACCUGUUUUCCCUCUUUUACCCCUGGAAAAUCAUCAAAAAUAUCCUGCCUUUCUAAAGCUGAACCACCACUUAAUCACUCUACUAUUUCCACUAAUCUUUCAUCAUCUUCAGAUCAUAAUCCCAUUCGGCGUUCAGGGAAUUACGAACCUACCACCUGGGAUUUUGAAUACAUUCAGUCCAUACACAAUGAUUAUGUGGGAGAGAAGUAUAUCAAACGGUUUAACAAACUGAAGAAGGAAAUGAAGGAGAAGAUGAUGAAAAUGAUUAAUGAGGGAUCAGAAGAAUUAGAUAAGUUGGAGCUAAUUGAUAAUUUACAAAGGCUUGGAGUAAGUUACCACUUCCACGAUGAAAUCAUGCAAAUUUUGAGUAGCAUACACCUAAAUGCAUCCUCAGGAGAUUCAUUAUAUGCCACAGCCCUGAAAUUUAGACUCUUGAGACAACAUGGUUUUCAUAUCUCUCAAGAUAUACUGAACGAUUUCAAGGAUGAGCAGGGCAACUUCAAGCAAAGUCUCUGUAAAGAUAUAGAAGGGUUGUUACAAUUAUAUGAAGCUUCAUUUCUCUCUACAGAAAAUGAAAGCACUUUUCUAGAGUGCGCCAAUAUAUCUGCAAUGUCACAACUACAGAAUUAUCUCAACAAUCAAAAUAGUGUAGACAACGUGACAGUCGCAUUAGUACGCCAUGCCCUGGAACUUCCUUUGCAUUGGAUGAUGUUGAGAGUUGAGACAAGGUGGUACAUAAACAUAUAUGAAAGAAUUCCAAAUGCUAAUCCUCUUCUGCUCGAGCUUGCUAAGUUGGACUUCAACGUUGUUCAAGCAACACACCAAGAAGAUUUAAGAAAUCUAUCAAGGUGGUGGAAGAACUCAUGCCUUGCAGAAAGAUUGCCAUUUACGAGGGAUAGAAUUGUUGAAGCUUUCUUAUGGAUAGUGGGGAUGAUGUUUGAACCUCAAAAGAACCAGAACUGCCGAACACUGUUGACAAGAGUCACUGCUAUGGCUACAGUUAUAGAUGAUAUUUAUGAUGUCUAUGGCACUCUUGAUGAGUUGGAACUCUUCACUCAUGCUGUUGAAAGAAUGGACCUAAAAGAGAUUGAUCAUCUUCCGGACUAUAUGAAAGUAUGUUACCUUGCACUCUUCAACACAGUCACUGAAAUUGCAUAUGAAGUUCUCAAAGAGCAAGGGAUCAACAUCAUACCCUACCUUAGAAAAUCAUGGGGAGAUUUGUGCAAAGCUUACUUACAAGAAGCAAGAUGGUACUACAAAGGGUAUAUACCAACUCUGGAAGAAUACAUGGAUAAUGCAUGGAUUUCAGUUGGAAGUCUUGUUAUAGUAUUCAAUGCAUUCUUCUUUGUCACGAAUCCAAUUACCAAAGAGGCGCUGGAAUAUUUAAGCAAGUACCCUGACAUUAUUCGUUGGUCUGCUACAAUUAUUCGUCUUGCCGAUGAUUUAGCGACAACAUCCGAUGAAAUGAAAAGAGGUGAUGUUGCCAAGUCAAUUCAAUGUUACAUGAAUGAGAAGGCUGUUUCUGAAGAAGAUGCAAGGAAACACAUCAGUUCUUUGAUAAAAGAAACAUGGAAACUGAUCAACACGGCUCAACAGGAAAAUGCAAUAUUUUCUGAAGCAUUCAUUAGAUGUGGGGUAAAUAUUGCAAGAACGGGACAGAGCAUUUACCAGUACGGAGAUGGGCAUGGAAUUCAAAAUUCUAUGAUUAAAAAUCGCAAUUCCGAAUCAUUUUUUGAGCCCAUCAAAAUUUCAAUUCCAUAAAUGCCUCCUAUCUUUAGUACUUCGAUGCCUAAAGUGCUUCUAGUAAUGUUUGGUCUUUACAUGUAUGCUGGACGAGACUUAAUACUAAAUACUUUAUAUUUUACA